AGGCGCUCCUCCUAUGAAACGAAAACGAAUCUUCUCAUUCACUUGUGUGCCUGUUUUUUGCGUUCACUAUCUGGAGCGGUAGUUUGUCUACGUUGUUCAAUACGAUUGGAUUCGCUGCAGUAACGGUACUCCAUCUCAAGAGGAAGUUUCAAGUGACCUGAGGCGAAUGCGAACGGGCUACUCAGCUAUGCUUUGGCUAAUUUGGUGCGUGCUUUUCGGCAGCUUACGACUCGGCUCGACCUACAGUGCCGUCUUGCAAAAUGAAACGGAGUUUGAUCUAGCGGAAGGACACCGACAAGGAAGGCUGUUUCCUUUCUACACAAUUGGUCGCAUAGCAAAUGUUCCUUGUCUGGCCAGCAAUGGUUUGAAAGGGACUUGUUUGAUUCGAGGCGAAUGUGCGGAUAACCAGGGAAUUUUCGGAGGCAGUUGCAGUACUCUCACAACGCAAGCGACCUGUUGUAUUUUUAGCAGAACAUGUGGAGGGUCGACCAACCUGAAUAGCACCUAUUUCACGAACCCCGGAUAUCCUGGCUCAUACAAUGGUGGAGGAACAUGUACAUUUACCAUAACUCCAUGCAGCUCUUCGGUCUGUCAGCUAAGAAUCGACUUUCGAUCACUGAACCUAGCGCAACCGAAUGGCGAAGGAAACUGCCUCACAGAUGUAUUGACAAUUACUGGUGGAAGUUCAGAAGUCCCUUCGAUCUGUGGUGAAAACACAGGCCAACACGUGUACAUUAACUUUUCCGAACUGAACCCAAUUACUAUUAGGGUGAGUACCACGGCUGGAUCCCUCGUCGACCGGAUGUGGAACUUGCAGUUAUCUCAAAUUUCUUGUGCAUCAGAGUUUCGAGCUCCCGAAGGCUGCUUGCAGUACUACUUGGAACCAAGUGGAGUGAUUAGUAGCUUUAAUUAUGGAUUCGGAGCAAAUCCGAAUCUCAAUUCUCUGGGAGCCACCGGAACAAGACAGAUUGCCGGGCAGCGGUAUGGAAUUUGCAUUCGAGCUGCACCUGACCGGUGCACAAUCACAUAUAGUUUGCCAUCUACAGAUGGAUCCUACGCUUUCACCGUAUCGGGCGAUGCCGAAGUUCUUGACCCUACCCUGAUCGGAAUGGGAGUUUUCGGUGAGAAUGGUGAUAUUUGCACAACGGACUAUGUGGUGAUACCGAGUCCGGUUGUUACCGAUGUCAAUGCAGCGGGAGCAGUGUUUACCGACCGAUUCUGUGGUCUUGGGCUGUUCUCUGUAACAAGUCAAGUGAAACCAUUCGUGGUUUACGUAGUGUGGGAUGAUAACGAAAUACCUGAUGUCGCAAACAGAGGAUUUCGACUCGCAUAUUCACAGAAUGCUUGUACGUUAGGCGCUUGAUGUGUAUUUCGGACAUUUGCAUUACAAUAAAUAAUGGGUAGGAUAAUUGAUUACGUGA